AUGACGAGGGUCAGUGCGAGCUCUGCUGGAGAGAGGGAAGCCUUCAUAAAAGCAAGAGAGUCGUCUCCCGGGCCAUACCCUCGAUCUUCUCUAGAGAGCGCCUCUAGCAUAUCCACCACCUCUUUGGUUCUCGAGAACCUCAACACAACUGCGUCGGCACAAAAGCUGUUGCACCCAUCACAAUACCGGGAUGACGCCAGUGACCCCGAGCUACCCAGAUUCAAUGACAAAACCUAUACAAUCAGCGGACAACACAUGUCUAAGGGGUUGCGACGGAGCCUAUGGAUAGUAUCCGUGGUCGCCAUCCUCGGUUGGGCCUUUGCUCUGUUCGCCUUUCUGGCAGCCGGGCGGUAUACACAUGCGUCUAAGUUGGACUAUGACCACGAGACGCCAAUGAAAAGUUCGGGGAAGAAAAUUACCCUUGAGCAAGUGCAGACUGGCCAAUGGCAGCCGAGAUUCGCCUCUGUCGCAUGGACAGCUGGCCCUGACGGAGAGGAUGGUUUAUUGUUGGAGAUUGAUCAGCCUGGAAAGGAUUAUCUGGUGGUGGAAGACAUUCGCAGCCGAACGCCGUCGGCAUCUAGUGCCUUCAGGAGCCGGACACUGAUCAAGACUGGAUGGAUCAAGAUCGACGGACAGCAGAUGUGGACGGAUGACUUCUGGGUUAGCCCAGACAUGAAGCACGUCCUUCUCCUGGCGAAACGCGAAAAAGUAUUCCGGCACUCGUUUGUUGGGCUUUAUUUCAUUCUCGACGUCGAGACUCAAGACGUUCAGCCUUUGGAUCCCGCGUUCCCGGAUAGACGAAUUCAAUUGGCAAAAUGGUCCCCGCAAAGUGAUUCAGUGGUGUUUACCAGGGACAACAACUUGUAUCUCAGGUCCCUGACUUCGGGAAAAGUUACUGCCGUCACCGAAGAUGGAGGUCCGGAGUACUUCUACGGCAUUCCCGACUGGGCAUAUGAGGAGGAGGUAUUUGGCACCAACACUGCCGUUUGGUGGGCGAGAGACGGUCGAUAUUUGGCCUUUCUACGCACGAAUGAAACUGUCGUCCCCGAAUACCCGGUCCAGUACUUCCUGUCAAGACCCAGUGGGAAAAGCCCCAUUGAAGGCCUGGAAAACUACCCUGAAGUCAAGGAGAUCAAAUAUCCAAAGGCCGGGGCUCCAAACCCUGUCGUUGACAUGCUGUUCUAUGACAUUUCCAAGGGACAAGUCUUCACCGUCGACAUUGCUGGCGGAUUCCCAGAUGAAGACCGCAUCAUCUUCAACGUCCUGUGGGCAGAUGACGGCAAAGUUUUAGUGUCCGAGUCGAAUCGCGAAAGUGAUCGUGUCAGAGUCGUUCUUGUCGACGUUGUGACACAGACUGGCGAGACUGUCAGAACUGUUGACCUGACCGAUGUGGAUGGAGGAUGGAUCGAGCCUACACAGCAUGCAAGAUAUAUCCCGGCAGCUCCUAGCGAUGGUCGACUUUCCGACGGUUAUGUCGACACUGUCAUUUCUGACAACGGUAACCAUCUUGCAUAUUUCUCUCCGCUCAACAGCUCGAUUCCCAUCAUGCUUACAAAAGGCGCAUGGGAAGUGGACGGCGGGCCUGCAGCAGUCGAUUUGAAGAAUAACUUGGUGUACUUUGUUGCUGCCAAAGAAGCACCGACCCAGCGCCAUCUGUACAGCGUGAAGCUGGACGGCACGGAAACGCAGCCUCUUGUGCCAACAAACGAAGCUGCAUAUUGGUCAUCAAGAUUCUCCACGGGGGCAGGUUAUAUUAACCUGUUCUACGAAGGACCGGGUAUUCCCUAUCAAAAGGUCGUGUCUACCCCGGUGAAUUCAGAAAAGCUUGACCAAAUGCUGGCCGACAAUCAGGCACUUGCCGAAAUGGCGUCGUCGCAUGAACUGCCACAGCAAAUCUUUCAGAAUGUCACCAUUGAUGGCCAGACCCUGCAGGUGGUCGAACGCCGUCCUCCUCACUUCGACCCCAAGAAGAAGUAUCCGGUCUUGUUCUACCUGUACGGUGGCCCCGGUUCUCAAAUGGUCAACCGCAAAUUCCACGUCGACUUCCAAUCCUACAUUGCCGGGUCAUUGGGCUAUGUCGUGGUGACUGUUGAUGGCCGCGGAACGGGAUAUAUUGGGCGCCAGGCCCGCACCAUUGUCCGCAACCAGCUCGGGAAGUACGAAGCCCAUGACCAGAUCGCCACGGCCAAGAUCUGGGGGCAGAAAUCGUAUGUCGAUGCUUCCCGCAUGGCCAUCUGGGGAUGGUCGUACGGCGGGUUUAUGACGCUCAAAGUCCUAGAGACGGACGCGGGAGAGACGUUCAAGUACGGCAUGGCUGUCGCACCUGUCACCGACUGGCGGUUCUACGACUCGAUCUAUACAGAGCGGUACAUGCGCACGCCACAGCACAACCCUCAAGGCUACGAGGCCUCGGCCAUCGCCAACGUGACGGCGUUGGCGCAGAACGUGCGGUUUCUGGUCAUGCACGGCGUCGCCGAUGACAACGUGCACAUGCAGAACACGUUGACGUUGCUGGACAAACUCGACCUGGCGGGCGUCGAGAACUACGAUGUGCAUUUCUUCCCCGACAGCGACCACGGCAUUUCCUUCCACAAUGCGAAUCACAUUGUCUACGACAAGUUGAGCAAGUGGUUGGUCAACGCGUUCAAUGGUGAAUGGUAUCGGACCGAGGAUCCGAAGCCUCUUGAAGAUAGUUGA